CACUGGCGGAAUUCCCCUCACGGAAACCCAGUGUUCGACAGCUGCUAGAAGUAACCUGGUGCUGUUCCCACGCCUGGGCUCCGGAGGAUUCAACCAGGAGCCGCGACCACCGGGCUUGGCUCGGGGAGGGACGUCAGCCGUGCGGGGAAGGGUCGGCCUCCGGCUCGCAGCGGAAACGGCCACCAUUCCAACAGUGCCUAGAAUCCUGAGGUGCUUCCCACGGCCCGGCUCCCCGCCUCCCCUCCUCACGGGGCCCGCCAGCCCCUAAUCCCUUUUCCAACGCCUGCCUGCCUUCUUCUCGUCUGCUGACCCGCCUUAGCUUCGGCCAGAGGCCUCUCCGGCGCCUCGGGAUCCUGUUCCUCUUCCCUUGACCGGAGCCGCAAGACGCUGGAGCUGCCGGCCGCCCUGACCCGGAACUGCUGAGGCGCGGCGGGCGCGCGCGCUGAGCUCAUCCCGGGGUUCCCCGACGCCUGCGCUCGGUGCGCCGCGGCCGCCCGGUGCACACCCGACAGCCCAGCUCGACCCGGGAGCUCCGUGCUGUCUCGCUGCAGUUGGCUGGCCGAGCCCGGGCCUGCGUUUGCACGGAGAGUCCAGGUGGAUGCGAGCGCGGGGAUCCGUGAGACUCACGUGGAUGGGUGAGGUGAGGUGAGGAGGAGCGUGCGUCGCCGCUUCCAGGACGGGCUUCUCGUUUCAGGUGACCAGCUUCGGGGCUCCGGAUUCCAAUGAGACCCAGGUCAGAAGUCGGGGGCCACCGGUCCUAAUGAGCUCCCAGCGGCAGAUCAGGUGAUCAAGUUGGCAGAAAAGUCUUUGAAGAACUUAUGGUAUUGAAAGAUGGCAGAAGCAGUUGUGAUUGACCUGUUUGAUUUGAAACUGAAUGCUCAGAAAAACUGCCAUCAGAGAUUACUGAAGGCAUUGAAUGCUGUCAAAUUCCACCAUGCUGCCAAGGCCAAAUUCCUUUGCAUAAUAUGUUGCAGUUCCAUCAGCUGUGAAAAGAAUGGUGAACAUGAUAAUUUUGAAUUAGAAGCAAGCAAUGGCUUAUCAAUCCUUUUGAGGGAAUUUGAGACUGUUAACAAUCCCAGCAUGGCUGCCUCAUUGUAUACUAUUAAACAAAAAAUUGAUGAAAAAAAUCUGAGCAGCAUUAAGAUCGUUGUCCCCUUGCAUAGGAAAGCAUUAAUGAAGGCUUUUAUUGACCACCUCUUCACUGAUGUUUACGAUUUUGAGUUUGAAGAUUUACAGAUGACUUCGAAGGAGAGCUUUUUGAAACAAUCCCCUGAAGUAAAUAUGAUAACAGCUCAAAAACUAGAAGAAAUCCAGAAUGAGAUAGAAACAUAUUUGAGUAGUUUGCCAGCACUGAAGGGAGAAUUAACUAUUAUCACAUCUCCUUUGAUCCCAGAUAUUUUCACACAUGGAUUUACAACAAGAACAGGUGGCAUAUCUUACAUACCAACCCUUAGCUCAUUCAAUCUCUUCAGUAGUUCCAAAAGGAGAGAUCCCAAGGCAGUUGUUCAAGAAAAUCUACGUAGAUUGGCAAAUACUGCAGGAUUUAAUGUGAAGAAAUUUUACCGGAUAAAGACUGAUCAUGCUAAUGCCGUCUGGAUUAUGGGAAGGAAGGAGCCUGCGUCAUACGAUGGAAUAACUACAAAUCAGAGGGGAGUCACAAUAGCAGCCCUUGGUGCUGACUGUAUCCCUAUAGUUUUUGCUGAUCCUGUCAAAAAAGCAUGUGGAGUUGCUCACGCUGGUUGGAAAGGUACUUUGUUAGGUGUUGCAAUGGCCACGGUACACGCUAUGAUAACAGAAUAUGGCUGUCGUUUGGAAGAUAUUAUUGUUGUGCUGGGACCUUCAGUAGGACCUUGCUGUUUUACUCUUCCACGGGAAUUAGCAAAUGAAUUUCAUAAUCUUCAUCCUGCAUGUGUAAGAAUGCUUGACUCACCAAAUCCCUACAUUGACAUCCGAAAAGCUACAAGGAUUCUUCUAGAGCGGGGAGGAAUUCUUCCACAUAACAUUCAGGACCAGAACCAAGAUCUGAGCCUCUGUACAUCGUGCCAUCCUGACAAGUUUUUCUCCCAUGUCCGAGAUGGCGUUAAUUUUGGUACACAAAUUGGCUUCAUAUCACUAAGGGAAUGAGAUACUUGGAUCUUUGCAUCAAUGUUCCCUGCUUCCCUCCAAACUGACUACAAAAGAGAAGUUUAACUUGUUUGCUUUAUAUUUAAAACUAAAGGGAUUAUAAUGGAUAACUUAUGUUGAUUUUCAUUUUUAUUCUAACAAUAACCAAAUAUUCAAUAUGAUAUAGUUAAUGUUUUAAAACUCAGAAUUGUUCUUAGAGUUUACUCCAUAUUUAUUACAUAAGUCUGAAAUAGGUCUCUUUAGUUUGUUAUUUAUUGAGUACUCUCUGUCAGGUGUUUUGUUAAGCAUUGAUUAAUCAAAUUGAAUAACACUUUUUGCUUUUGAGUCGAAUACAGUGGAGGAGGAAAACACAUCUACAACUACAAUUUAAUACUAGAAGCAGUUGAAGAUUAUAAAAGAAAGAAGGGUUAGUUUUAUUAAAAAGCAUUAUAGAAAAUGUGUUACAGAGAAAGUGACACAUUUCAUAGACUGAAAAGAUAAACAACUUUCGAAAAAUGACGAAAACUAAAUAGGCUGAGGAAUACCAUGAAGCAGAACAUGAAACUA